UGCAGUCCUUUAACAGGAUUUGUCGUGGAUAUCAGAAAUCUUGAGAAUACCUGAAACUCCCAGGCAGAAAUAAGGAACUUGUGCAACUAGUGAAAGACUGGAUACCUGCUAGGAAAAUGUUCUGCUGCUUGGGCUUCCUGUUUACACCACUUUCUACCCCGGCACUGGUUGGCCUCUUUACCAUCGGAAUCUCAGCCUUCAUCUAUGUACUGUCUAAGCCCAAGCCGGUCUAUCCACCCAUAAACCUAAACAAGCAAUCCAUUGGUACUCAGGGUGGAGCACGGAGAUGUGCUUUACUAAAAGAUGACAAUCUUAUGUCUUAUUACUAUGAAGAUGCCAAAACAUUGUAUGAGGUGUUCAUGAGAGGACUUCGUGUUUCAGGAAAUGGAGAUUGCUUAGGAUACAGAAAACCAAACAAACCCUAUGAGUGGAUCUCCUACAGACAGGUGACUGACAGAGCUGAAUUCCUUGGAUCUGGACUUGUGCACAAAGGAUGCAAAACCUCUCCAGAACAGUUCAUUGGUAUCUUUUCACAGAAUCGUCCAGAGGCUGUGAUAGCAGAACUUGCAUGUUUUACAUAUUCCAUGGUUAUAGUUCCUCUGUAUGACACUCUUGGUCCAGAAGCCAUUGUAUUUAUUGUUAAUAGAGCUGAACUCUCUGUGGUCAUAUGUGACAAACCAGACAAGGCUGUUGUCUUACUUAAUAACUGUGAAAAGGGGCUAACACCAGUACUGAAAACAGUUAUCCUGAUGGAAGGUUUUGAAGAUGGACUAAAAGAAAAGGGUGCAAAAUAUGGAGUUGAGAUUCUGUUAAUGAAAGAUGUUGAGUAUCUUGGAAAAGAGAACUUCAAAAAGCCAGUGCCUCCAAAUCCAGAAGACCUUUGCUUGGUGUGUUUCACCAGUGGAACAACUGGUGAUCCUAAAGGAGCAAUGCUGACACAUAGAAAUAUUGUUGCUGAUGCUUCUGGUUUUCUUAAGAACACUGAGAGUACGUUUGCGCCCCUGACAUCUGAUAUCGCAAUAUCGUACCUCCCCAUGGCUCAUUCAUUUGAGAGAGUGGUUCAGACCGUGGUGUAUUGCUCUGGAGCAAAAAUUGGCUUCUUCCAGGGAGAUAUUCGCUUACUGACAGAUGAUAUGAAAACCCUACGACCAACAGUGUUCCCAACAGUACCCAGGCUUUUAAACAGGAUUUAUGACAAGAUACAAAGUGGAGCAGAUACCCCUUUCAAGAAGCAUCUGUUGGCAUUUGCUGCAUCCAGAAAGUUUGCUGAGGUCAAGGAAGGUAUAAUCCGCAAUGACAGCAUAUGGGACAAGUUCAUCUUUAAAAAAGUACAGGAAACUAUGGGCGGCCGUGUCCGAGUGAUGGUAACUGCAGCUGCACCAAUUUCCCCCACCGUACUCUCCUUUCUCAGAGCCACGUUAGGAUGCCAAAUAUUUGAAGCAUAUGGUCAGACAGAAUGUGGGGCCGGUUGUACUUUUUCCACACCUGGUGAUUGGACUGCAGGUCAUGUAGGGGCCCCACUGCCAUGCAAUACCGUGAAAUUGGUGGAUGUAACAGACAUGAACUAUUUUUCUUCCAAUGGAGAAGGAGAGGUUUGCAUCAAGGGCCCCAAUGUGUUUAAUGGGUAUCUUAAGGAUCCAGAGAAAACAUCAGAGGCUCUAGAUGAAGAGGGAUGGCUGCACACUGGGGACAUUGGGAAAUGGCUGCCUAAUGGAACCCUGAAAAUAAUUGACAGGAAAAAAAACAUUUUUAAGCUGGCACAGGGAGAAUACAUCGCCCCUGAGAAGAUAGAGAAUGUCUACAUCAGGAGCGCGCCUGUAGCACAGAUUUUUGUUCAUGGAGACAGUUUGAAGUCAUGUCUUGUUGGAGUUGUGAUUCCUGAUUCAGAGGUUCUGCCAGAAUUUGCAGCUAAAAUUGGAGUGAAAGGAUCAUAUGAAGAAUUGUGCAGAAGCACAACUGUGAAGAAAGCCAUUUUAGAUGACAUCAUUAAACUCGGAAAGCAGGCUGGGCUCAAGUCAUUUGAACAGGUAAAAGACAUCUAUGUUCAUUCCGAGAUGCUGACAGUGGAAAAUGGUUUCCUAACACCAACUCUAAAAGCCAAGAGAGCCGAAGUUGCAAAGCACUUUAAGAGCCACAUGGACGAGUUGUAUUCCAAGCUCCAGGAGUAA